GCGGUGCAGGUGAAGAUGCGGACAGCGGAGCUCCGCUGGCUGAUCCGUCCCCACCCCGCGUGCGCUUUUGACACACUCACUGCCGUGGACUCCUCAGGGCCAGGGCGGCACCUGCCGGCUCCGGGGCGGCUCUGCCUGCCCUUCUUCCUGCGCGGGGCCGGCCGGGCGGCCUCUUCCGGGAGGAGUAGCGGGGGCGGAGCGGAGAGGGUGGCGACCCGGACGCGGCCAUGCGCAGAGCGGCCCUGCGCGGCGUGGGCGAGCCUGCACGCUGUGGUCAUGCGCGGAGCCUCGGUUAGCGUCCUCUCUCUGGUGACCCCGGGCCGUUCAGCCCCGCCUCCCCCGGCCAGGACCAGACCCCGCCCCUCGGCCGUGCGUCCCCGCGGCCGUGCGUCCCCGCGGCCGUGCGUCCCCUCGGCCGUGCGUCCCCGCGGCCGUGCGUCCCCUCGGGGCAGUUCUUUUGCCUGUGGGAGCAUCGGGUGGAUGCCAAGACCCGCCUCUGCUGCGACCCUUUUCCCAACCCCUUUGUCGCUCUCACGACCCCUUAGCCUGUGGUCUUUUCCUUCCCAGAUGGGCUUCCGGCGUCCUCCCUUCUCCACUGAUUUUAUUUUUCUAUUUCCAAAUCACAUCUGCCGGCCUGCCUUGUGGAAGCUGUGCCAGAGGCGGGAAAUCUCCUCUUGGCUGGCCCGAUGGUUCCCCAAAGACCCAGCCAAGCCCGUGGUGGCACAGAAAACACCUAUCAGGUUGGAGCUUGUUGCCGGGAAAACCUACAGAUGGUGUGUAUGUGGCCGAAGCAAGAAGCAACCCUUCUGCGACGGCUCCCACUUUUUCCAGCACACUGGCCUUUGGCCACUCAAGUUCAAGGCCCAAGAGACCCGCACAGUGGCCCUAUGUACCUGCAAGGCCACCCAGCGUCCUCCUUACUGCGAUGGUACCCACAAGAGUGAGCAGGUACAGAAGGCGGAAGUGGGCUCCCCACUCUGAGGAGUACUAUGGCUCCCCGCCUCCGGCAGCCUUCCCCCCUGUGAAGCCAACAGUGCCACAGAAGGGAACAUCCGAAGACCAAGUUGUUAGCAGCUGUUCCCUGAAGAACCUGUAGUCUCCUGUUGUACAGUUGAGAGCAGGCCCCUGGUUCAGCACCUGGUAAACUGUCACUAUAAACAAUGCGACCCACCCUC